AUGGACAGUGCUUUUUGUCCAGAACCACCCAGCUGGCCUCCAAAUAGGUCCUCAGCACACAUCCCAUCCAUCGCCUUGGUCUCCUCAGCCUGCCCUUGGGGUUGGGAUGGUCUCUGCAGGUAUGCUCAGCAUGUGCAGCCCCCUACUCACUCAGGGGAACAAGACUCUGGUCUCCAGCAGGCCCCAAUCACUCGAUACUCCAGUUGUAAGCCGAUAAGUUCUCCAGAACCAGGCAUGGCUUUCUUAACAGAAGAGAAACCAUUUUGUAAGCUUAAGUCCAGCCACAAUGCUUGUACUUGA